GAUCCACAAUCGAAACUUUUACAAACCUCAAAACUCUCAGAACUUGAAAUUUCAGUCUCCGUCUAUUGCGGUUAAAUCGAUUGAUAUACCUGUUCUUCAAACGAAAAAAAUAAAUGUAAGAACUUGUUCAUGCUGCAUACCACAGCAUUUAUUCGUGGCUGAAAUCAUCAUUUGAAAUCAUUGACUGACAACAUUUGCGCAUAGCAUUCAAAAUGAAGUACCUCGCAGCUUACCUCCUCCUCACCAUCGGUGGAAAGGCCUCUCCUUCCGCUAAGGACGUCACCACCGUUCUCGAGUCCGUCGGAAUCGAGAUCGACCAAGAGCGUCUCGACACCCUCAUCAAGGAGCUUGACGGAAAGGACAUCAACGAGGUUGGCACAAUCAAGAAUAUGCACACAUGUAACGGUAGCUGACAUAGAAACUAGUUGAUUGCUGAGGGUUCAUCCAAGUUGGCAUCCGUUCCAUCUGGUGGUGCCGGUGGUGCUGCCCCAGCUGCUGGUGGUGCUGCCGCUUCCGGUGGUGCUGCUGCUGAGGAGAAGGCCGAGGAGAAGGCUGAGGGUAUGUUCUAUCCUAUCACAUAAUCUGCAUACCUACUAACGCCAUAAAUAGAGAAGGAAGAGUCCGACGAGGACAUGGGUUUCGGUCUUUUCGAUUAAGCAAUCAACUGGCAUAUCCACGAACUCGAUGCUCUCGACCCGCCGGAAUAUCAUUUCGACACUUCUGGGGGAAUUCGUGCAGGCUUGGCCUGUUAUCUGUAUGCAAUAUGGGUAGAGGGAUUGAUUUUCACCAAUAUCCCCAUGACAAAAAUUUAUUCAUGCAAACUAGAGCAAUAAAGACGUGAUUCUUCAAUUAUUAUCAUCUUUCAACAGAUGGGUAUCCAUGAAAAUAUAUAAGUGCAAUUGAAAUGACUG